AUAUACCCCUGUGUACUUCCUAGACAAUUCAAUGUACUGUCACACUGCCUGAGAAACCCAAAGUGCAGACUGGAAGUCAAAAGUGUCUAGACCCUACUGGCAAAAUGUGCCAGGACAAAAAGAAAUUCAUUUAUUUUGGAAAGCAAGCAGCUCUCCCCAGUGUUCCUGGUGCAGAUAAGAGGCUCCCCAGGGGAGGUAAAUGCCAGCACCUGCUUUCUUUUGUGGCACUUCCUGUGUGGGGGCAAUCCGCUCCCAGGAGCCCUGCACCAAAAUGUGGAUGCUGCCUCCAGUGUUGAAUAUAUCCACCAGGGACUGCUCUAGCACAGAAGUUCUCUCCAAAGAGCUGUUGCUGCUUUGUACCUCCCUGGGGCAGCAUCUCCUGCACCACCACUGAUGGGGUGAGGUGCUUUCUUUAGCAAAGACAUCCUCAUCCUCUUUAUGGAUUUUGGAUAAUGUAUUUGGAUACCAGCUCCAAAACUGUGUAUGUGCAGGGAUCUCUUUCAGAGAAACCUUUCCAGAACAGAAAGCUCUUAGUGGUUUCUACCUCCCUAGGGAACCCUGUCAUCCUUUUCUUCCAGGUGGCCAGCACCUGACAAGGACAAGGAAGAAUAAAUGACUGCUUUAUUUAAAUGAUAAUGAUUAGAUGAACAUGUAAACAGAUAAAAAUGCAAAAUGGCAAAACGACAAUCUGAUCAGAAUUAUUUACUACACAGUAAAGCUGCUAAUACAGUGCUCUGUAUAUGGCACCAAUAAUAUAGCUAGCUUAGUAACUAUCAAAUAGAGAUUGGUGUUACUCACCCAUGACCGUGGGCAAGCCUCUCAUUCAGCCUCCAGAGGUGUCCCUGAUGGAUGUUCCCCCCAAGGGAACGAUCUUCAUGCAUCCAAAGGAGAUGUGCUGGGAAAACUGGGACUGAUCUUUUGUAGUAUGAAGAGGUUGAUUGUCCUGCAACUCUUCGAUUCUGUGUUGCCCUCAGCAGAACAGGUUUGAGGCAGAAGUUACCAGCGCUUUGGUUUCUGCUCAAAAUUUUGGUUUCUCACUUCCCUAGCAGCCUCUCACAUCCCUGUUGAUGCCCACCUCAGUCAGGAGAGCACCCUCCUGAGGGGCCUGAUUUAAGAGAGUUUGGUCAAGCUGGUCUCAGCAUUCUUCACCACUGAACCCAGUGUUCUGCUAAACCCCCUGCUUUUUAACCUGUCACCAAAAAAGUGUAAAUAAGACAAGGGGCUCUUUAAAGCUGUCCCAGCCCUUCCAAAUGGAGCAGCACCAGUGCCCCUGCCCCUCCCCUUGCAGUUGCUUGUUCCCCACACCAGUGGCAUGGUUCCAGGAACAGGAGAGCUUCGUCCCUGUCCUUAUAGGGAUAGUGAGACCCCUCUGGAGCUGUGUCUGUGUCCCCAGCUCCAGUGCCUGCAUUCCCACUGCUUCCAGCUCUCACUCUUUGCUGACUGGUUUCUAGGUCUCCCUCAUACCCGAGUUUUCAUCCUUUGUGUGUAGUUGUGUCACUUUAGGGGAAAUGGAAUCUCACUAGAGAAGUGGGAAAUCAGGUGGAUGCAGCAGAAACUCUCCCACCUUUGAGGAAGCCGUGAAGGUCAGCAUGGACUCUGCAUUUAAGUGAGAAAAGGCCCCCAGAAAAAAAAAAGGCAGCAUUAUCUACUUACAUGUUUUUGCUUCAAUAGACUGGAAAUAAGAGAGUUCAAGGUCUGGGUAAGAGGCAUCCAUCCCAUCCCUUCACUGCUCCACCAGCUCUGUGGUUCUGUGCCUGCUCUGCCAUGUAACCCCGCCCCUCACUUAAUCUGCUUAUUAAAAGCAUUUACCCAAUUUUUCUGAUGUUGCAGCCUCCUCCACUCAUCUGCCUCACUCCUUUCUCCAAGGGACACUUUCCACAGUCUUCCUUUCUCAAAGAAGGUCCUUUCUUUGCACUUUUUGGCCUCAGCUUCUGGAGUCCUGUAGUUUUAGCUGUGUGCCCAAGGAGUAAAUAUUCCAUAGGAAGAGGAAGGGGAGUGACUUGCUCCCGUGGACUACAGACAAAAAGGAAAAAAGUGAAACUGCUUGAGAAGUCUCAUCAUUUUGGGUCAUUUGUGUUCCCUUGGCAUUUCCAAUCUCCUGAGAUGAUGGAGGUGAUUGCCCUCACACCUGGCUGUGUGGGCCCUGUGUCCCAUCCUGGCCUACCUUGGCCACCAGCCACCCCGGUGUCCUCUGCCGUGGCCACCUCAGAAAAGGGGAUGCCAGGCUGUCCAGGUGGAUGGGCACAGGUGUCCCCUGCUGCCCUCAGCUGUCACCCCGGUGCCACCCUGCCCUGCUCUGCCCAGGGACCUGCCCGGCACGCUGAGGGGACAGGCGGGCUCUGCUGCCAACGCCCCGGGGCUGCCCCUGCAUCUCCGAACCCCUCCCAUGUGACUGCAGGUCACAGGGCUUGGCCACACCUGUGCCACUCACAGCUGUCUUCAUCUGUCAGCAGGAAGCAGGGAGGAAAGAAACCAGAGCAGGAAGGGCAGGAAAAGAGGAAGAAAAGAGAGCAGCAAGGGGAGGAAAAGAGGAAGCGAGAGAGGGAGAGGUAAGGAGCCUGCAUUCAGCAGUGAGGAGCAGAGUGGCCCACGAUCUCCGUGCCAGAGGCUUCCAAUGUCCUCCUCAACUUCCACCAGCACUUUGCCCAGCGGCCUGGCCGUCCUGACCACCUUCCCAGAUGUGCUCUUCAUUCCUGAAAUCAUCUUUGGGGGCCUUGUGUGGAUCCUGGUGGCAUCCUCGAAGGUCCCAAACCCCAUGCUGCAGGGCUGGGUGAUGUUUGUCUCCGUGUUCUGCUUCGUCAUGUCCAUCUCCCUGCUGUGCCUCUACUUCUGCGGGGCUCACGGCGGCGGCGGCAGCUGGGUCACCUUGGACGUCAUCUGCCAGGAGACAGCAGCGCUGUUCUACCUCAGCGCCGCGGUGCUGGAAGCCUACGCGACCUACCGUCUUGGCAAGCUGACCCCGGACCAGCUGUACAGGGAGAACAUUGCUGCCGUGGUGUUCGCAUUCGUGGCCACCCUGCUUUAUGUGAUCCACAAGGUGUUCUCGCUCCUGCGGUGGAAAUCGUCCUGAGAGCCUGAGCAGCCCCAGGAACAACGGCUGCCAUCUCCAGGCUGGCUUUGGGUUUCCUUUUUUAAUGUAUAGCCUAUAAACAAGCAGCUUUUUAUGUGGGGUUUUGGUGAUGAAGACAGGGAGCCUGCCAGAGAAAGGAAUAUCCUCACACACUCUGUUUCCCUUCAGUAUCUUUCAGGCUGGGUCCAGUUUGAUGCUGGGGCCAAAAUAAUAAUAAUAAAAAAGCCAUCCAGCUUUAAAGAACAUAGUAUAGUUGGGUUCAAAGGGCUAAAAUACCCCUGGACUGCAGUUUUAUGUGUCCAGGGUUGUUACUGGUAUCAGGGGAAAUGUGAACAAGCACCGAGGAGCACAAGUGUGGAACUGUGUCAUUUUAAUUGCUGUGUGCCCAUUUAAGUCUGUUUCCCCUCCUAAAACUGCUGCACAAAUUCAUAUUUUCAUGCAGUUCCUGAAAAUGCCCUCUCAGACUUGUGCUGAGCAAUGGGGACAAUAUUUAACUUGGCUCAGGAGCAAGGUGGAUGGCUACAGCUCCUGAAGGGUGCUGCUCAAUUCUGAGCACGCCAGGAAUUACCACUGCCUUUGAUCCCCCUACAAAGCUGGAAGGGGCCCAGCAGGCUGUAGGAGAAUUCUCUGGGUGGUCAGACUCAACUGCUGCUUUUGGUGAAUGGCUGCUCUCUCACACACUGCCACGGUGUCACUAAUAAAGAUGGGUUUGCUGUGAUUUUGAGAA